GGUGGCGUAGCAGGGCUCGGGAUGUUGCCGUGCUCCACGGGGACCCACGGCCCACGCUGACUCGCUGCGCCACAGAGGACACCCCGAGGGACGCCAGGAGCCAGGAGCAGCAGCAGCGGGCGCUGCAGGAGCUCUGCACCGUCACGGUGACGUCUUCUGACCGCAGCGGGAAGAGCUCCCCGUCCUUUUCUGCUGCUCUUCUGGGAGUCGUGUGGACCUUCCUGACCGGAGGAGUCCUGCUAGUGCUCUUCUUCCUUGUCUUCACAAUUCGCUUCAGGAAAAACAGGAUCGUGAAGAUGUCCAGCCCCAACCUGAACAUUGUGACCCUGCUGGGCAGUGGCUUGACUUACACUAGUGCUUACCUCUUUGGGAUUCAGGAGCAGAGCCUGCCAUCUGGAGACUCCGUGGAAAAGCUUAUUCAGGUGCGGCUCUGCCUGCUGUGCGUGGGGACCUCCCUGGUGUUUGGCCCCGUCCUGGGGAAAAGCUGGCGGCUCUACAGGAUUAUCAAAGACCUCCAGCUGCUGGCAAUGGUGGCAGUAUUGGUGUUGGCCGAUGCCGUGUUGCUCUUGACAUGGGUGUUCUCUGAUCCGGUCCAGUGUUUCCGAAGCCUCAGUGUCUCACUGCGGGCGACAGAGAAAGGCAUGACCUGCUCCGUGAACCGGGUGCAGUCCUGCGCAUCCCUUUAUUCCGACCUUUGGCUCGUUCUCAUUUUAGGGUUUAAGAGUAUCCUCCUGCUGUAUGGGACUUACUUGGCUGGUCUGACUGACAACGUCAGCUCCCCGCCAGUCAACCAGUCCUUGACGCUCAUCGUUGGGGUUAACCUCGUUUUCCUGGCUGCCGGCACCGUCUGCUUAGUUCACCGUUUCUUCCGUGCUUGGCACAACUUGGUGUUUGGUUUUACCUCUGGAGGCAUCUUCGUGUGUACAACCACAAUCAACUGCUUCAUCUUUGUCCCACAGCUCAAGCAGUGGAAAGCCUUUGAAGAAGAAAGCCAAACUGUGAGCCACAUGGCGAAAUAUUUCAGCAGCCCGAGCAGGAGCUGCCGCUCGGUGUACAGCGAGGAGCAGCUCUACCAGCUCAUAGGGGAGAAAAACUCCAUGAAGCGGCUGCUCACUGAGAAAAACGCCGUGAUCGAAAGCCUGCAGGAGCAAGUGAGCAGCGCCAAGGAGAAGCUGAUGAGGCUGAUGUCGGCUGAGAGCGGCUGCGACCCUCAACUUACACAGGCAGCUCCUGGCACCUGGAGCUCGGGAAGACGCAGGGAUGUGCUGGGGGACUGGUGCCCCCGGGAUGCAGAGCGGGAUGGCUGGCAGCCUCCCUGCUUGCUGGGUACGCCCCCUCUUUGCCGGGAUGCUCAGGACCUCGGGAAAGGUGCGAGCGCGAGCCACGAGCCUGUUUGCUCCCGGGCACUGCUUUUUGACGUGGAGGAUGGCCUCCAACGUGACUCGAAAGAUGGCUGGGAGUGCGGGCAGCCUCCGGAGCAGCUGCCAGGCCAGGACAUCUCAGCUGGCAUGGCCUGGGAGUCGUCCCCCAAAGUCAGCUACGUGAGCAGCGAGAAGCUGCGGGAAAUCUUGCAAGAGCUGAGCCUGGAUGGCAAAACCUACAGCCCGGCCUUGCCUGGGGGACCCCCACGUGGCAGCUGGGGCUCCCCAGGUGAGCAGGGAGGAACGUGGCGAGGCCAGGAAGGCUACCCGGGCACCCGCAUGCCCCUCAACCCCUACCUGGCGAGGCGGAGGCGGAGGAUCCCCCCUCCAGCCAUCCCUGGAGAGGUCAGCCUCCAGCCAGAGGGAUGGCCAGGAUGGCCGGAGUCCCAGGGUGCUUCCCCAUGCAUCCCGCGGGAGCAGGAGCGGCAGCGGGGUGCUCUGAGGGGACUCGCUGAGCCCUCCCUGCACUCACUCUACUAUUACCCAGACUCUGAUUCCGAGAUGUUUCACGGCUGCCAUCGGCCCUGCUGUGAGGUCUGCUUCCAGAGCCCACGCGGCUCCCUGGGCAGCAGCAGCACAGACACGGACACAGAGCCCAGCGGCUGCGCGGGCCACCGGACAGAGCACCACAGUGGGCCCCAGCCCGUGGUGAAUUUCAAAGAAGAUCUGAAACCCACCUUUGUGUGA